AUGGCCUCUACCACCCCCUCGCCUGCCGGGACCGCCGUCCAGCCCAGCAGCCUGCCUUUGUUCGAGGGCGACGCAUUCCUCGGCGAGGUCGAGGUGGUCGCCCCGGAAAACUACCACCCGUUCCCCAGUUGGACCGAGAUCCGCGUCACCGGCCGUUCGCCGCCCAGCCAGACGUGCCCUCCUGUCGCCGUCCUACAGAUGAUCAGCCCUGAAUCAAUGAUGAUCUGCAAGCUCCGGCCAAAACAGCAGCCCAGAUCUGCCCUGCACGCCCUCCACUCCGCCUGCCUCAACCAACGCAUGACCGCCGUGGUGGAUGUUGCCAGAGGGAAGGAGGAGCUGCACCUCGUGGCCAUGAAAAGCUGCAAGAACGCCACGCCAUGUGGCUUCUGGUGCUGGUCGGUACCACGCGGGCUCUAUGCGGCCAACCUCCGGAUGCUCGAUGGGCGGCGCCUGGCCGUCGUGCUGGACCUUGACGAGACCCUGGUGGCCUCCAACAACAUGAGCACCUUCGAGCACCGAAUGGACAAACUCAAGGGGUGGCUCCUGGAGUGCAACGUCAAUGAUGCUUCCAAUAUGAAGGCCAUCUCGGACGAGCUCUGUAGGACUUCCAAUGACAUGGACUUGCUCGUGGAUUUCGCGGACAAGGGCGCCAUCGUCAUCGACAACCAGGAAGUGAUCAGCCGUGGUGAGGAGGUGCGACUGCGUGCUCCUGCUGGGCAUAUUAAGGGGAUCCGGCCUGUCAUCAGGGACGUGCCGAGCAGGAAUAAUGUGGUUCUCACGUGCAUCAAUCCACAGGUUCCUGAGACUAGUGUUUUUGUAAACAUAAGACCUGGUUGGGAUGAUUUAAGGACUUACUUAUCAGGCAUUGAACACCUAUUUGAGGUCUAUGUAUGUACAAUGGGUGGAAUAGAUUAUGCUCAUGAGGUAUGGAGACUGCUUGACCCAGAAGCCGGAUUGAUCAGUCCAGAGGAGAUUUCACAACGUAUAAUAUCUGCGAAGUCAGAUUCCAAGAAAUCACUUCAGCGUGUGUUUCAAGAGAGUUUAUGCCACCCAAUUAUGGCUGUGGUAAUUGAUGACCGGUCUGAAGUUUGGGAUGAUAAAGAUAAACAACGAGUUAUUGAAAUCCGAGCUUACAAUCCAUCAGCUUGCCCAGAAGACAAGGCGGUGAAUGGUCUUUCUGUGCUUGAGAAUCUAAGAAGAGCUCUCUCGGAUCUUCAUGAAAAUUUCUUCAGAGAGUUUGAUGAAAAUCUAAUAAAGAAAGGAGAUGUGGAAGUAAUGUAUGAAAAUGAGGCAUUAGAUCUUCUGUACCCUCCCAGCAAUAUGUUUCACUACAGCCCAUGGAAAAAGGGCAAUAAUAUUGCACAACCUAGUGAUGCUCCUGCACCAGAGGAUACAAGUGGAGCUCAAGUAAAGAGGGGAGCUUGAAUGGACAGCCUGGCCUUGUUGGUUCAUCAAAUGAGGUUGACCAUUCAGACAGUGCGAGGGAAAUUAUAUUUAGAACCUCAUCAACUGAGCCAACUCAUUCGGCACCUUUAAUUUAUUGCUAGAGUUCUAUAUAUGCAUUUUUCGAGCAAUGGUAUACAAAUGAUCAUAUUGAGUGGUGGACUUAAUACAUGCAUGCACUAAUAAUUUGGGAGAUGGAGAACGUUUA